AUGGAUAUAGUUUUGGAGACCAUUCCUGAAGUGGUCAUCAUUGCUACAGAUGAUCAUCAAAGUGGUGAAAAUAAAAACACAUCAUCAUCGAAUAUCCAAAAUAAUGACAAUAAUAUACAAGCACCACAGAAUAAUUCUGAAAUUAAAAAUAAUGGAAAUAAUAUAAAUGAAACAGGAAAUAAUAGUGGUGGUGACACUGCCACUGCAAAUAACAAUUCAAUUGGAAAUAGUAAUAGUAAUAGUAAUGGUAAUCUUCAUUUAAAUAUCACAAACACAACUACUAUUGUUGUGGCGGAUGGAGCAAGUUCGACGACUUUGGAGCUAGCGGAUUCUAUAAAGCAAGUCGCUUCACCGGUACUUUCGAGUCAACCUACAUCAUCGAGUGGCAAGACCGAUCACACACAUCGCUAUCGUCACUACCUCGAGAACAAAAUCAAUAGUUCGUCGGUGCGUGACGACGGGCUGUCGCGCGAACUCACCAACUUCCCCGACGACAACAUUCAGCUGUCGAUGACGCAGCAGCAGCAUCGCACCAAGGAAUCGACCAUCACCGUCGAGACACUGCCAUCCUAUAUACAAUGUGCAAUCGAGUCGUUCAGUGCUCCGCGCAAAACAGUGGUGCGCCAGUACCAGCGCUACCGCAAGGAGGCGGAGCGACUCGUGCAUUUCGACAACGACAAGUACGACUGCGACAUUGAGCGCGAAACAGAGAAGAGUGCGCUCGGAUCGUUUGCAAUCUCGAACCAACCCGACUCCAAAGAUAUAAACACCGAGUUGCUCGCUGAAUACCAGCCGGGCGAAACCGAGCGCGCCAACACUGACCUGCGAAGCAAGGGUCGCGUCGGAUUCUUCCGUUACUUCCGUCCCGACUACAACUGGGGAUCCGGCAUGGAAGUAUCGAUUUGCAAUCGGUUGCCACACGAUAUCUGGACGAAACCAAACUAUAUGAAUGUCCUGAUCGAGCUGAAAGGACUGGUGUUUAUGCUGGGUGAGUUGGAACCAUUCUUUUGCUCGCUGUUCAUCUACGAUGCCGCCAGCAAGAGCAAACUCUCAGAGACUUUUCAUUUCGAUUUCAACUCGGAGCAGAUGCGUCAGUUGCUCGCCAAACAUUCAGAGCCUGCCGAUCCAGUCACACAAGCUAAGCAUCUCGUUGUUUCGCUGCCCGUCAAGCAGAUGUCGGACAUCUGGAUAGUGGUGCGCAUCAACAAGGUGAUGCAGGGCGAUCCCGACCUCGUCAAAGAGCCAUACAUGAAGCUGGAGGAGAAAGAUGUCAAAGCGAUCAAGAAGAACAAGGCAAAAGUAUCGGAUAUCGUCUCGAAGUUCUGUGAACGACUCGGACAGUACACACAACCCUUCUGUUGCUCUGUGGUUCGUCUCACAGAGAAUGGCGACGUCAAGUACGGCGCGAUCGAUACCGACGCACUCUUCAAAGUCGUGCCAAAAGACAACGCCGAUAUCGACGAUCUAAUCGCCGACUACAAAGAUCCCGCUCGUCAAAAGAAGCUGCGGUUAAUUCCAGGAACACUAUCUCUCAACAUUUUCAAGCCGGCCAACGAUCUUCCGCCACACACAAUGCGACUGGAUCCAUCGCUCGAUCUCGUCGUCUCAGGACAGCCUUUCAACACCAGACUUCCAUCUUCCAACUCCAUCUUAGUAAAUAGCAAUAUCAACAACAACAACAACGCGAACAGCAACACCAAUAUAUUAGCGCAGACAAGCAAUGGCGAUGUAUCACCGACUUCUUCGUCCUCCUCGACUUCCUCCAACAACUCUUCACCGGCGACAUCAUCGCCAGUGUUGCAACGUCAACAAACAAUGAUAAGAGGAGCAACUCUAUUGAGUAUUGUUCCGGUGAUUCGUGAAGUUCAGUGUUUGGCCAAGGAAGAACCGAUUCCAAACAGCGAGUUUAUCAACAACCUCUAUAUCUAUCCCGACACUGUCAAUCUCUCGAAAGCACACGGUCGUAACGUUUACGGUUAUCUCAAAGCCGACGAGAACGACUACACUCUCUUGGAGUCAGGAAAGAGUCUAUUCAAAGUGAACAUCAACUUGAAAUCUAGCAUAUAUCCACAGAACACCUAUUUAAACAGAUUCUUCUUACAAUCAAAUAAUUCAUCUAUUUCUGAUAAUGAUAUGAAUCAAUUAUUAAAUGAUUUCAAUCAUAUUGAUGCAGCAGAAGCAAUUAGAUAUCUACCAGUUAUUAUUAGACAAUUGAUAUUGGUUAUGUGUAAUAGAGAUGCAACUGUUGGUUGUAAUGCAAUUAAAGCAAUGUUUAUUACAAUUUCAAAAAUACAACAACAUUUAGGUGAACCAUCUUAUCGUGUACCAUUAUUAGUUUCUUAUAUCUCACAUGUUUUUGAUAAUCCAAAGGAUACUAAAAUACCUGUAUAUUCUGCACUCUGCUCUAGAUUUGUAUAUUUCCUAAUGGUAAAGAAGUAUAGUCAGCAAAAUAACAACAGCAACAACAGCAACAACAACAGCAGCAAUAACAGCGAAUCAGAGAUAUCAAAUGCAACUUUGUUUUCAUAUUGUUGGUUUAUCUUUGAUUUAAUUAUUAAAUCAUUAUCAUUAACUGCUUUAGAAUCACCUGAAAUGUUAAAAGGAAAUAGAGAAGGUAAAUUCGAUGGUGAUUUCAUAAAGUAUGUACCAAAGAUGGUUUCAUUUGUUAUUCAUCAUUUCCAUGCUAUUGUUGAUCGACUACGAACACUACUUGAAUCUCAACAUUCCGACCGUUCCGACCAUAGGAAACAUUCAGCAUCUCUCACAGCGUCUGAUAGAUGUUCAUCCGCUGGCUGGUCUGCUCAUAUCGGAGGUUCUGCAGGUUCUGACGUCGCCCAUCAACGAGGUUCGUUCGGUCGCGCUCAACACGCUGAGCACGUUGCUCAUCAAGCAUGA